CUUACCUUUACUCUUUUCUAUUGUCUUCUCCAAACCUCUAACUUUUCUUUUUUUCUUUUUUGUUUUUACUUUACUGUGUGAACACACACAUUUACACACACAUAAGGUGGGAGUAGGGUUUAAUUUCUCCAUUGAUUCUUGACCUGAAAUGAAACAAGCCCGCAUAAUUUAGACUUCCAAGACUUGUUUUUUACUUGCUCCCCUUCCUCUCUCUAGACUUUCUCUGCCUAAAUUCUUUGGAGCCCACUGGAGAAAACCCUAGCUUCAGUUUUUUUUUUUUGCUUUUCUUUUUAGGCUCAAUUAUGGUUUUGGAAUUAUUAGCUUAAAAAUCUUAACUUUUGGAGCUGGGAUUUACCAAAUAAUGCUCCAAAUUGUGCCUGCCCACCGAGAACUUUGGCCAUGACCUGCUCAUUUGAGUCCACUCCACUGAAUUGAGAGAGGAAAGGGUGUGUGGAUUGUGGAAGGAGGGAAUGGAGAGGAAUGGGUUGAUGUUGGCUUGUGUACUGUCCGGGACACUUUUCUCUGUUCUCAGUUCAGCUUCUUUUGCUAUACUCUGGGCAGUCAAUUGGCGUCCAUGGCGUAUUUAUAGUUGGAUCUUCGCUAGAAAAUGGCCUGGAUUCUUGCAAGGGCCUCAGUUGGGAGUAUUAUGUGGUUUUCUAUCCUUCUCUGCAUGGAUAAUUGUCGUUUCUCCAGUUGCAGUGCUCAUUUUGUGGGGAUGCUGGUUGAUUUUGAUACUUGGUCGAGAUAUAAUUGGUUUGGCUGUAAUAAUGGCUGGUAUUGCUCUUCUGUUAGCUUUCUACGCAAUAAUGCUUUGGUGGAGGACACAAUGGCAAAGCUCAAGAGCAGUUGCUGCUUUUCUUCUUCUAGCGGUUGGUUUGCUUUGUGCAUAUGAACUCUGUGCAGUGUAUGUUACUGCCGGUGCUAGAGCAUCAGAACGCUAUUCACCUUCAGGCUUUUUCUUUGGUGUCUCAGCAAUUGCCCUGGCUAUCAAUAUGCUGUUUAUAUGUAGAAUGGUCUUCAAUGGCAAUGGCUUGAAUGUGGAUGAAUAUGUGCGGAAGGCAUAUAAAUUUGCUUACUCAGAUUGUAUUGAAGUCGGCCCUGUGGCAUGCUUACAGGAACCACCAGAUCCCAAUGAGUUAUAUCCUCGGCAAUCUAGGAGGGCCUUGCAUCUUGGGCUUCUAUAUGUUGGCUCACUUCUUGUGCUUUUUGUAUAUUCUGUCUUAUAUGGUCUAACUGCUAAGCAGUCACACUGGCUUGGAGCUAUUACGUCAGCUGCUGUGAUCAUUCUUGAUUGGAACAUGGGGGCAUGCUUAUAUGGUUUUCAGCUUCUUAAAAGCCGUGUUGCAGUACUUUUUGUUGCUGGCACUGCUCGUGUCUUCCUGAUAUGCUUUGGGGUUCAUUACUGGUAUCUAGGACACUGUGUGAGCUAUGCAGUUGUAGCAUCUGUUCUACUUGGUGCUGCUGUUUCACGGCAUUUUUCAGUCACAAAUCCAUUAGCUGCUAGAAGAGAUGCAUUGCAGAGCACUGUAAUUCGCCUCCGAGAGGGUUUUCGGAAAAAAGAACAAAACAGUUCAUCUAGCUCUUCUGAUGGCUGCGGUUCAAGUGUCAAACGAAGCAGUAGUGCCGAUGCUGGCCACCUUGGUAACAGUGCAGGUCCUUGCCCUGGUGAUACUAGUGGUUGGAAUAAUGUUGAGGGGAUCAAUAGUGAUAAGAGCAUAGAUAGUGGACGACCCAGUUUAGUAUUACAUAGCAGUUCGUGUCGUUCGGUAGUUCAAGAACCUGAAGUAGGCUUAAUGAAUGCUGAUAGAAAUUAUGACUACAAUAACUCUUUGGUAGUGUGUUCUAGCAGUGGCCUGGAAAGCCAAGUUUGCGAGUCUAGUGCAUCAACUUCUAUCAAUCAGCAAGCCCUGGAGUUGAAUUUGGAUCUCUCUUUCCAGGAGAAGCUUUGUGACCCAAGAAUUGCCUCUAUGUUGAAAAAGAGAGUAAGACAAGGGGAACAUGAAAUUACUAGCUUAUUGCAAAAUAAAGGACUAGAUCCUAAUUUUGCUAUGAUGCUAAAGGAAAAUGGGUUGGACCCAAUGAUCCUUGCACUGCUUCAGAGGAGUAGUUUGGAUGCAGAUAGAGACCAUCGUGACAAUACCGAUGUGACAAUAAUUGAGACAAACAGUGCUGGCAACGUGCUGCCAAAUCAAAUUUCAUUUUCAGAAGAACUCAGACUCAGAGGAUUGGAGAAGUGGCUUCAAUUCUGCAGACUAAUUCUGCACCACAUAGCAGGUACACCAGAACGAGCAUGGGUCCUCUUCAGCUUAGUAUUCAUCCUUGAGACUGUCAUUGUGGCCGUCUUUCGCCCAAAGCCAGUUAGACUCAUAAAUGCCAAUCAUCAACAGUUUGAAUUUGGCUGUGCGGUGCUGCUUUUGUCUCCUGUUGUCUGUGCAAUCAUGGCAUUUCUUCGGUCACUUCAAGCUGAAGAGUUGGUCAUGACAUCAAAACCACGGAAGUAUGGCUUUAUUGCUUGGAUGCUGAGUACUUGUGUUGGUUUGCUGCUUUCCUUCUUGAGCAAGUCGUCGGUUCUUCUUGGAUUGUCUUUGACGGUACCUCUCAUGGUGGCAUGCCUGUCUAUUGCCUUUCCUAUAUGGGUUCGCAACGGUUACCAGUUUUGGGUCUCCAGAGUUGAUAAUGCUGGUCAUACAGGCACUCAUCAGAUUUUGGGAAUGAAAGAGGGCGUUGUUCUUUUGAUCUGCAUUGCCUUGUUUGCUGGGUCUGUACUAGCUCUGGGUGCUAUAGUAUCUGCAAAGCCAUUGGAUGUUUUAGGCUACACUGGGUGGACUGGUGGAGAGAACAGCGGCACAACACCUUAUACUUCAUCUGUAUACCUUGGCUGGGCAAUGGCUUCGGCGAUUGCUUUGCUGAUUACUGGUACAUUGCCAAUUGUUUCAUGGUUUGCAACUUACCAGUUCUCGCUCUCAUCUGCUAUAUGCAUUGGUACAUUUGCUGCUGUGCUUGUGGCUUUUUGUGGUGCAUCCUACUUGGAGGUUGUAAGUUCCAGCGAUGACCAUGUUCCAACAAAGGCUGAUUUCCUUGCUGCCCUGCUUCCAUUAAUUUGUAUUCCUGCACUGUUGUCACUUUGUUCUGGUUUACUCAAGUGGAAAGAUGAUAAUUGGAAACUUUCACGAGGUGCUUAUGCAUUUAUCUUCAUUGGUCUUCUUCUAUUGCUUGGUGCAAUUUCAGCCAUUAUUGUAACAGUUAAACCAUGGACGAUAGGGGCGGCAUUUCUUCUAGUUCUCCUCCUCCUUGUGUUGGCUAUUGGUGUUAUACACUAUUGGGCUACAAAUAAUUUUUAUUUGACAAGGGCGCAGAUGUUAUUUGUAUGUUUCCUUGCAUUCCUUUUGGCCCUGGCAGCAUUUAUAGUUGGAUGGUUUCAAGAGAAAGCUUUUGUAGGUGCCUCUGUUGGUUACUUCUCAUUUCUUUUCCUUCUGGCUGGAAGGGCGUUGACCGUGCUGCUUUCACCUCCUAUAGUCGUUUAUUCGCCAAGGGUAUUACCUGUGUAUAUUUAUGAUGCGCAUGCAGAUUCUGGGAAAAAUGUCAGUGCUGCAUUUCUUCUGCUUUAUGGAAUUGCACUGGCUAUUGAGGGCUGGGGCGUUGUUGCUAGUUUGAAGAUAUAUCCUCCCUUUGCUGGUGCUGCGGUUUCGGCUAUUACACUUGUUGUGGCUUUUGGAUUUGCUGUCUCUCGACCAUGUUUAACUCUUGAGAUGGUGGAAGAUGCUGUUCACUUCCUCAGCAAGGAAACUGUAGUGCAGGCAAUUGCUCGAUCUGCUACUAAGACCAGAAAUGCGUUAUCUGGAACUUACUCUGCUCCACAGAGGUCUGCCAGUUCAGCUGCCCUUUUGGUAGGAGAUCCUACUGCAACACGGGAUAGGGCUGGCAAUUUUGUGCUUCCUAGAGCCGAUGUCAUGAAAUUGAGAGACCGUUUGAGAAAUGAAGAGCUGAUUGCAGGAUCAUUCUUCCGUAGGCUAAGAAACAGGAGGAUACUGAGGCAUGAUGCAGCCAGUGAUAUAGGACACAGAAGAGAAAUGUGCGCACAUGCCCGAAUUCUAGCUUUGGAAGAGGCAAUUGAUACUGAGUGGGUCUAUAUGUGGGACAAGUUUGGUGGUUAUUUGCUUCUUUUGCUUGGUUUGACUGCCAAGGCUGAGCGAGUGCAGGAUGAAGUUCGCCUAAGACUUUUCCUUGACAGCAUAGGAUUUUCAGAUUUAACUGCAAAGAAGAUUAAGAAAUGGCUUCCAGAAGACCGUAGACAAUUUGAAAUCAUACAGGAGAGUUAUAUAAGAGAGAAGGAGAUGGAAGAGGAAAUGUUAAUGCAGAGACGUGAAGAGGAAGGGAGGGGUAAAGAAAGGAGGAAAGCUCUUCUGGAAAAGGAAGAACGGAAAUGGAAGGAGAUAGAGGCUACUCUUUUGUCAUCAAUUCCUAACGCUGGGAAUAGGGAGGCAGCUGCCAUGGCAGUUGCUGUGCGUGCUGUAGGAGGUGAUUCUGUCCUUGAUGAUUCUUUUGCACGUGAAAGAGUCUCAAGCAUUGCACGUCGCAUACGGGCAGCUCAAUUAUCCCGUCGGGCACUUCAGACGAAAAUUACUGGUGCUGUUUGCGUUCUUGAUGAUGAACCCACAACAAGUGGCAGACACUGCGGCCAGAUUGAUCUUACCCUUUGUCAGAGUCAAAAAGUUAGCUUUUCUGUUACUGUGAUGAUACAGCCUGAGUCUGGGCCAAUAUGUCUCUUGGGAACUGAAUUUCAGAAGAAACUGUGCUGGGAAAUUCUUGUGGCUGGUUCAGAACAAGGCAUUGAAGCUGGUCAAGUUGGGCUUAGAUUGAUUACUAAAGGUGAUAGACAAAGUACUGUGGCAAAGGAGUGGAAUAUAGGUGCUGCAAGUAUUGCAGAUGGAAGGUGGCACAUUGUAACAAUCACCAUUGACGCUGAUUUAGGUGAAGUGAAUUGCUUUUUAGAUGGUAAUUUUGAUGGCUACCAGGCAGGACUACCGCUCUCUGUGGGAAAUGGUAUAUGGGAGGAUGGAACAGAAGUUUGGGUGGGCAUUAGACCACCCAUAGACAUGGAUGCUUUUGGGAGGUCAGAUAGUGAAGGAGCUGAAUCCAAAAUGCACAUAAUGGAUGUUUUCCUCUGGGGAAGGUGUUUGACUGAAGAUGAGAUUGCUGCGCUUGCUACUGCUAUGGGUUCCGCUGACUACAACACAAUUGAUCUUCCUGAUGAUAAUUGGCAAUGGGCUGAUUCUCCUUCCAGGGUUGAUGAAUGGGAGAGUGAUCCUGCAGAUGUGGAUCUUUAUGAUAGGGAUGACGUAGAUUGGGAUGGGCAAUACUCAAGUGGGAGGAAGAGGAGGUCAGACCGUGAUGGGGUUGUAGUGGAUGUGGAUUCCUUUACUAGGAGAUUGAGGAAACAUAGGACGGAGACCCAUGAGGAAAUCAAUCAGCGGAUGCUUUCAGUUGAGUUAGCUGUCAAAGAAGCUCUCUUGGCAAGGGGAGAGUCACAAUUUACAGAUCAAGAGUUUCCUCCUCAUGAUCGUUCCUUGUUUGUCGAUCCUGAUAAUCCCCUUUUGAAGUUGCAGGUUGUGUCUGAGUGGAUGAGGCCCACUGAUAUUGUGAGGGAGAAGCAGCUGGACUCUCGACCAUGCCUAUUCUCAGGAGCUGCGAAUCCCUCAGAUGUUUGUCAGGGCCGACUGGGUGAUUGUUGGUUUUUGAGUGCUGUUGCUGUGUUAGCCGAGGUUUCGCAGGUGUCAAAAGUUAUAAUUACACCAGAGUACAAUGAUGAAGGAAUCUAUACAGUUCGCUUCUGUAUUCAGGGGGAAUGGGUUCCUGUUGUGGUGGAUGACUGGAUUCCAUGUGAAUCACCAGGUAAACCUGCAUUUGCCACCAGCAGGAAGCUGAAUGAGUUAUGGGUAUCUAUAUUGGAAAAGGCAUAUGCAAAGCUUCAUGGUUCAUAUGAAGCAUUAGAAGGAGGGCUUGUUCAGGAUGCUCUUGUGGACCUCACUGGAGGUGCUGGCGAAGAGAUUGACAUGAGAAGUGCUGAAGCUCAGAUUGAUCUUGCAAGUGGAAGGCUAUGGUCACAAUUGUUACGCUUCAAACAAGAGGGCUUCUUAUUAGGUGCUGGUAGCCCUUCAGGGUCAGAUGUGCAUGUGUCUUCAAGUGGAAUUGUUCAGGGGCAUGCUUACUCAAUAUUGCAGGUACGAGAAGUAGAUGGCCACAAGCUUGUUCAGAUCCGGAAUCCAUGGGCAAGUGAGGUUGAAUGGAAUGGCCCUUGGUCUGAUUCAUCAUCAGAGUGGACUGAUAGGAUGAAGCACAAACUCAAGCACGUCCCACAGGCAAAAGAUGGUAUAUUCUGGAUGUCUUGGCAAGACUUUCAGAUACACUUUAGAUCAAUAUAUGUUUGUCGUGUCUACCCGCCAGAGAUGCGUUAUUCUGUCCAUGGCCAGUGGCGAGGUUAUAGUGCUGGUGGCUGCCAGGAUUAUGAUACGUGGCAUCAAAACCCACAAUUCCGAUUAAGGGCCACUGGGCCUGAUGCAUCAUUUCCCAUACAUGUAUUCAUCACCUUAACUCAGGGUGUGAGCUUCUCAAGAACAACAGCUGGCUUCAGGAAUUAUCAGUCUAGCCAUGAUUCGAUGAUGUUCUAUAUUGGGAUGAGGAUACUGAAGACUCGUGGUCGUCGUGCUGCUUAUAAUAUUUACUUGCAUGAAUCAGUCGGUGGUACAGAUUAUGUAAAUUCCCGGGAAAUUUCUUGUGAAAUGGUUCUUGAUCCUGAUCCAAAGGGUUACACUAUAGUGCCGACAACAAUUCAUCCAGGAGAAGAGGCACCUUUUGUCCUUUCAGUGUUCACGAAAGCCUCAAUCACCCUUGAAGCCUUAUAGCAUGCAAUGACUACCCUUGGGUGUUUUUGUAUACUUUUGGGUUCAGAGCUCAUGUGAAAUGAUUGGCAUUCUGGCUUUGAGAAUGUCCACAAUUGUGAGCUGGCAGAAAGAAGUCAAAAAUGGUGGUGGAUUGCAUAUGCUGGAUCGGCGGCGGCUUGUGAUUCAGUCUUUGGAUUGUUAAAGCUUGCUUUCAACUUGUGGAUUCUGCUUGGGCUGCAAUUUAUUGGAUUAAUACUAUCAGCUCUGCUUUUCUGCUUGAGAUUUGAUCUGCUGAAUUGAGUGAGGGGAGGGUCCUCGGGGAUCAGGAAAUGUAAAUGGGUAGAUGUUGUAAGAAUAUAGAAUCUAAUCAUGUAAAUGAGGUUUAGUGGAAGAAUUGCCAAAAGAGAUAGGGAAUUAGGUAUAUGUUGUUAAAGGAUAACUGCUGAGGAGCAACGUGGCUGAAUUCGGUUUGGGGAUUCUGCUGCAAUUUUGGAAAUUGCUUGAUAGGUAACAUGAAUUGUACAUAAAUCUUUUUUCCUUGCUAUGGAAAUGGAACCUCCCCAUUUAUAUUCUUUUAUCUAUAAGAGUCCUUUUAUUGGUAGAAA